GACGUCAAAAAAGUGCCGCUCUGAUGCACCCCAGUGGUGUCUGAGUUGAGGGGACAAAAUGUUCAGAUUAGUCGAGCGCAUUUAACUUAAUAUUGUGUAUCUCAGCUUUGAUAUUCACAGAAUAUCGGUUGAGUUUUGUUGCAGUUACCAUGGGAGUACACGGACUGUGGAGGCUGCUGGAGAGCACAGGGAAACCCAUCAACCCUGAGACACUCGAGGGAAAGAUCCUUGCUAUUGACAUCAGCAUUUGGCUGAACCAGGCUGUGAAGGGGGUGAGGGACCGUGAUGGCAACAGUGUCCAGAACACUCACCUCCUCACGCUCUUCCACCGCAUCUGUAAGCUGCUCUUCUUCCGCAUCCGUCCAGUCUUUGUGUUUGACGGUGACGCGCCACUGCUGAAGAAGCAGACUCUGGCUCUGAGGAGGCAGAGGAAGGAGGAGUUGAGCCAAGAGUCCCAACAGACCAACGAGAAACUCCUCAAGACGUUCCUGAAGAGACAAGCUAUCAAAGCAGCACUCGGAGGCCGCAGUCAGGAUCCUCUACCCAGCCUCUCCAGCAUGACGAGAAAUGAGGUGGACGACAUGUAUGUUCUACCAGCCCUCCCUCCUGCAGAGGAGAAGGACGAGAGCAGAUCAGAGGCCUGGGAAAGUUCAGAGGAGGAGGAAGAGACAGAGAUGGGCAGUCAUGACAUGUAUCAGGAAGAUUUUUAUGAAGACCCCAACUCAGUGGACAUCAACUCUGAGGAGUUUGCCAGCCUGCCUCCUGAAAUGAAACACGAGAUACUCAAAGACAUGAAAGAGUUUUCCAAAAGACGCCGUACCAUGUUCCACAAACCUCCACAGCACUCAGGAGACUUUUCCCAGUACCAGUUGGCCGGCCUGCUGCAGAGGAACCAGCUGAACCAGCGCUUGGAGGGGGUAGAGAAAGAGAUGAGCCAGAGGAGCGCCGGCGGUGCUCCACAGGUCUACCAGCAGGACGGGGAUCAGCAGAGUCACAACGUGGAGUCCAAUCGACUGGUGUCAGAAGACCAUUCCCACUACAUCCUUAUUAAAGGCUCCACAAAGACUAAAACUGCACCUGAAAGCCAACCUGCAGCUGCGCCCUGGUCCGGCAGCUCCCUGUCAGGCUGCAAAAGACGAGCAGCGGACAGACCCGAGCCCCUGUGGCGUCCCGUUUGUGAGGGAGAGGAGGAAGCACCAGGCUCCAAACCCUCAGCAUCAAAUCCGCCUCGGGGAGACACAUCACCGCCCUCCCCUCGUACGCUCAAGGCAAUCAGUGCUGCGAUGAGCGCUGGCUCAGAUGAGGAGAGGGCAGAGCGGGAGGAGAAGGAUGGUAGCGUGUCCCCACGUACACUGUUGGCAAUCCAGCAGGCUCUGGCUGAGGAGGAGGACGGUGUAGCUGAACGCAGGACUGUAAUCUGUGGUUCGUCCUCUGAACUGCAGGCAAAUAUUCAUCAUCCUGAGCCGCAAGUGGUCAUCAGCAGCUCUGAGGAAGAGACAGAACCUGAUGAUGUGAAGCCUUUAGCUAAUGAAAAAUCAGAUUUUAAGGGGAACUCAACAGGCCGAAGUCUGCAUGUGAAAGACAGUCUGCUUGCUAGCAGUUCUGAGGAUGAGAUGGAGGAAGUGAUUGGACAGAGAAAUAAAGCUCUUCACCUUGCAGUGCUGCAACAACCUCAUGAGAGAGAGAUGUCAGAGUUGACAGGGGAUAUAAGGACAGGAAGUAGAGGUCAGACAGAGAAACAAGAAGAGCUGGAGAGAAAAGAAUCGGAGCACGGGCUGAUCACAAAGAACAGGGAUCAGGUUCAGCCACAGGGUGCAGCUGUUUCCAGUCAAAACACAUUAUCCACCAAUCUCUCUGCUCAGCUAUUUGGUGGCAGUGCAGCACCUGAAAUUCACCCUGUUCUGUCAGAGCAGAGGAGAGACAAGACUACUGAAGCUCUGCAGGAAAGGAACAGAGAUGAUGUUAAGACAGAGGGAAGCGAGGGAAGCGAGUCAGAAGAAAGUUUCAUCGAGGUCUCAGAGGAUGAAUUAAAAGAGGAGGACACAGAUGAUUCAUCUGUGAUGAUGAGAGAGAGAGGAUCUCCAGCUGAAGUCCAUGAAAACAGGACCGACACAGAAGAAAAACCAGAAGAAAGUCUGACUGAGGCUCCAGCUGCUGCUUUAAAAUCAGAGGAAGAAGAGGACAAAGACAUACAGAAUGAAGAGAGCGAGCUGAAGGAAGGAACAGAGACAGAGUCAAGCUCAACUCCAGCAGUCAAUGAAUGGGAACACUUGGGUGUGGAUGAGCUGGAGGCUCUGGAGAGCUCUCUACAGGUGGAGCAGAGCAACCUGAGGGAGCAGAAACAGCAGCAGGAGAGGAUGGCGAACACAGUCACCGGACAGAUGUACCUGGAGAGUCAGGAGCUGCUGCGGCUGUUUGGCGUACCGUUCCUUGUGGCCCCGACGGAGGCCGAGGCUCAGUGCGCGGCGCUCGACCGCGCUGACCACACUCAUGGGACCAUCACAGACGACUCAGACGUGUGGCUGUUUGGAGGGCGACAUGUAUACAAAAACUUCUUCAACCAGAACAAAUAUGUAGAACACUACCAGUACAGUGACCUGCAGAACCAACUGGGUCUGGACAGGACUAAACUGAUAAAUCUGGCUUACCUGCUUGGAAGUGACUACACAGAGGGCGUGCCAGGGGUGGGAUAUGUGACUGGCAUGGAGAUACUGAAUGAGUUCCCAGGGCCGGGGUUGGAGCCACUAACACAGUUCAGUAAAUGGUGGUCAGAGGCUCAGGAGAAAAAGCGUCUGACGGCUGAUCCUCGGGACACGAAGGUGAAGAAGAAACUCAGGGACCUGAAACUGCAGCCUGGGUUCCCCAACCCAGCGGUGGCUCAGGCUUACCUGCAUCCUGCUGUGGACCAGUCAGACGGCUCCUUCAGCUGGGGGCGCCCACAACUCGACAUGAUCAAAGAGUUCUGCCUGAGUCGCUUCGGAUGGAGCAGUCGGAAGACGGAGGAGACUCUUCAGCCUGUGAUCAAGCAGCUCAACACCCAGCAGACUCAGCUCCGGAUCGACUCAUUCUUCCGCAUGGAGCAACAGGAAAAGCAGGCGAUCCGCAGCCAGCGACUCCGCCGAGCGGUCACCUGCCUGAAGAGAAAGGAGAAAGAGGGAGGAGAGGAGGACAGCGAGGAGGAAACGCACUCCCCAGUCAAACCUAAGAGAGGGAAGGCAGGGAGCAAGAACCCGAAGAAAGGAGGAGGAGAGGAGAAAGAGGAGGAGAUGUCUGCAGCGGGAGGAGGGUUUCUGGGGUCAGAGGUGAUCUUCGAGUCUCCGCUUACAUCUCUCAAGGAUGUGAGCGGCACCAGCCAGGAGUCACUCUCAGGACAGACUGUCCCUCAGUCUACAAAGACUCUACCUCAGAGGGUCAGGAGCAGCAGCAGCAGCAGCUCUGGCGAGGACAGCGACGGUGGCGGUGAAGUCGCCAUGGUUACAGCCCGUUCUGUCUUCGAAGGCAGCCGACGAGGCGGCAGAGGGAAGAGCACAAGAGGGAGAGGGAGAGGAAGGGGGAAGAAGCCAUGAGGAAGAAACUGAACUUGACAAAGUAAUUGUAACAUUAAUUGCAAAACAUGUCACACUCCCAAAUAAUGUCUGAUAUUUUAUUUGAUAUUUAUAAUGGAAAGAUGAAAAUGCAUCGUCAUUGACAGUUAUGAAUUAAACUUUUUCUGUAUUACUGAAUAUGUAUUUUGUAAACUAUUUAUGUGACUGAAAAUAUUUUGUACCUGUUUAGAGAUUCAGUUGUGAGAGGAAUUAAAUAUUUAGCAUAAAA